AUGAUGGCCGGCGGAGCUGUACAGCAAAACGGGAUUUUUUCAAAUCCUCAUCAUCACAAUCAACAACCACACAUGGAGUCCGAUCCCCCGGACUCGCGUAAAAGACCCCUGGAGACCCCAACGGAGGCCAGCAGCACCAAACGCACAAACACGGGAGUGGCUUUCCUGCAGCCCCUAUUUGAAACUGAAGGCCUUGUAUUCCCUCACCAAGAAACUGAGACUCAUGAGGAAGGCGAGUACUUCCUGAAGGUUUUGAUUCCCAGCUAUGCGGCCGGCUCGAUCAUCGGGAAAGGAGGUCAGACCAUCGUCCAGCUGCAGAAAGAGACUGGAGCCACCAUCAAACUGUCCAAAUCCAAAGACUUCUACCCCGGAACAACAGAGCGGGUGUGUCUGAUUCAGGGGACAGUGGAGGCGCUGAACGGUGUCCAUGACUUUAUCGCAGAGAAGGUGAGGGAGAUGCCUCAGAGCACCCAGAAGACAGAGCCGGUCAGCAUCCUGCAGCCACAGACCACCGUCAACCCCGACCGCAUCAAACAGGCCAAGCUGAUUGUCCCCAACAGCACAGCAGGGCUGAUCAUCGGUAAAGGUGGUGCUACAGUCAAGGCGGUGAUGGAGCAGUCCGGGGCGUGGGUCCAGCUAUCCCAGAAGCCAGAGGGCAUCAACCUGCAGGAGCGUGUGGUCACCAUCAGCGGUGAGCCAGAGCAGAACCGCAAAGCUGUAGAGAUCAUCGUCCAGAAGAUCCAGGAGGACCCUCAGAGCUCCUCUUGCCUCAACAUCUCCUAUUCCAACAUCACAGGGCCCGUCGCUAACUCCAACCCCACCGGCUCCCCAUACGCCAACUCCACAGAGGUCAUGCCGGCAGCCGCAGCAGCUGCAGCGGCCACAGCAUCCUCUCUGCUCGGCCAGGCCGGCCUAGCUGGAGUUGGAGCCUUCCCGACCACCAUGUCCAGCCUGUCUGGCAACGACCUGCUCGCCAUCACCUCCGCCCUCAACACUCUGGCCAGCUAUGGCUACAACACCAACUCCCUGGGCCUGGGGCUGAACCCCGCCGCAGCCUCAGGAGUGCUAGCUGCUGUAGCAGCUAAUGCUAACCCCGCAGCAGCCGCCGCAGCUAACUUAUUAGCAUCCUACGCCAGCGAUGCAUCCACCAGCGCAGCUCACCCAGCAGCCGGUCUUGGAGGCUUCUCCCUCGGAUCCCUGGCUGCUGCUACGGGGGCCACCAACGGCUACUUAAGUGCUGCAUCACCACUGGUGGCGUCAUCACUACUGGCCACAGAGAAGCUAGCAGAAGGAGCGAAGGAAGUGGUUGAGAUCGCCGUGCCAGAAAACCUAGUGGGAGCCAUCUUGGGGAAAGGCGGGAAGACGCUAGUGGAGUACCAGGAGCUGACUGGCGCCAGGAUCCAGAUCUCCAAGAAAGGCGAGUUCAUCCCGGGUACUCGGAACAGGAAGGUGACCAUCACGGGUUCCCAGGCCGCCACGCAGGCUGCACAGUACCUGAUCAGUCAGCGAAUCACCUACGAGCAGGGGGUACGCGCUACCAACCCACAGAAGGUGGGCUAA